AGGAAACGUCAAAGUAAAUGUCACAUUUUCCUGUCACUCAAUGUUUAAAAACUUUCAAUUUUCAAAAUAAAUUAUUUUGUUUGUUGUUAGUCUCGUGCGCGGUUUGUUAUGAAUGAAUGUAAAAUAAAGGUCAUCAAGUAAAUCGUUUUAUCACAUAAAUAAGCCAAAGAAAAGCUUAAAAAUAUCAAGUGUUUGGAUUUGUUCUGCUAACUUGUAAACAAUAAACCUGGAAACAGAAAUGGUUGUACAAGUGGAAGUUUCCCAAGGCAUAUUGCAAGGAAAAGAAUGCACUACAUACUACGGGAAAAAAUACUAUAGUUUUGAAGGAAUACCUUAUGCUAAGCCACCUGUUGGCCGAUUAAGAUUUCGUGACCCACAAGAACCAGAAAGUUGGAAAGGGGUACGAGAUGCUACUAGACCAGGCAAUAAGUGUUGCCAGCUCAACCCAUACAUACAAUCGAAUCUAGAAGGUUCUGAGGACUGCCUCUACUUAAACGUAUACACUCCGAGUUUGCCAAGCGAAAAACUUGAAAAGCUACCAGUAUUAUUUUUCGUUCACGGUGGUAGAUUUAUUUUCGGUUACGGUGACUACUAUAAACCAGAUUAUUUUAUGAAACAUAACGUUAUUUUGGUCACAAUAAAUUACAGAUUGAAUGUACUGGGUUUUUUGUGUUUAAAUAUACCAGAAGUGCCUGGUAAUGCUGGGUUGAAAGACACAGUUUUCGCUCUACGCUGGGUUAGGAAAAACAUAGGCAAUUUUAAUGGAGACUGCAACAAUGUGACCGUUUUCGGAGAAAGCGCGGGAGCGGGUGCAGUAGCCUCCUACAUGACUUCCAGAAUGGCGGAUGGAUUGUUCCACAAAGUCAUAUCACAGUCCGGAAACUCCAUAGCAGAUAUUUAUAUGAUAGAUGAUGAUCCGAUAGCUAAAGCGAAGCAUAUAGCUGCGAAUUUGGACAAAGACUUGACUACCCCAAGAAGUAUAUACGAGUUUCUAUUAGAAGUGCCCAUACAGGAGCUUUUAGUGGCAUUCAGCAUGGCAGAAAUGAGCCGACCACCGGCAGUAAUCAACGCAUAUUUGUUACCAGUGGUCGAACGAGCAUUCGAUGGGGUCGAGCAAUUUUUUAACGAAUACCCCCGAAUCGAUAUACCCCUAAAUCGAUUCACUAAAGUUCCCGUUCUAACCGGCAUGAAUUCCCACGAAGGGGCCUUAUUUUUGCAGAAAAAUGGUGAAGGCAAUGUAGAAUACGAAAAAGACUUUUAUUACUUUAUUCCAAAUUAUCUACAUGUUGCAAGGAAUGAUAAAAGGGCCGAACAGAUUGUCGAGAAAAUUAAGAAAUUUUAUUUCGGUGGCAAACCUGUUGAUGAUAGCACUAAAUUAGAAUAUGUCAAUAUGGUUUCUGAUACAUUUUUUCAAUAUCAAAUUAUGCUUUUGCCGGAGAUUUUGUCGAAGGUCAAUGUUGAUGUAUAUAUGUACAAAUUCCAGUAUUCAGGGAAUUUGAAUACUAGGGUCAUGAGGAGUUUAGAUUUAACGGGGGCAAGCCAUGGAGACAUGAUACAAUAUCUAUUCUAUAGAGAUACUAAACAUAAGAAAUGCGAUGCAAAGGAUUUAAAAAUAGUCGAAAUGCUAUCCGAAGCUUGGUGCACCUUUGCUAGAAAUGGAAAACCAACGUGGAAGAACCAGGAAACUGAAUGGUUGCCGUACACGAAAAAGGGAAAACAUGUUCUUAUAAUUGAUGAAGAAAUAGAAUGCAUUACAAACCCUGAUAUGGACAGACUUAAAUUCUGGCUAGGUGUUACGGGAGAGCUUUCCAAAUUAUAAUUGUUAAAAAGAUAAAUUAGUUUUUUUGCAUAAUGUGCUUAAAGUCAUCUUUAUUAUGUUAAUUGAGUAGGUUACAGGUGUCAGUAGGUACAAGUUUUUUUUUCAACACUUUUGUAAUUUGUGUUGCAAUUGGUAACGAUGACUGUAUUAUUUUUAGCAUAAUACUCAUGAAAAAUAUCUGCUAUAUUAUGUGGAUCACUUAUUUUUAUGUUUAAUACUCUGACAGCAUUUCAUGUUUCUCUUUUUUUCUUGAUAAUAUCUCAGGCCGCCUGGUACUUAUUUUUAGCUUUAUAUACGUUUAUUUAGAAAUGUUACAUAGAAAUUAUAAUCCAUCAUGAUAAAAACCGGGAAAUAGGUACGGUUAAUUUAUUUGUUAUAUCUUCGUUAUUAUUUUUUUGUGAGAGAAAAUAAAAAAAUACGUAAUCUAAAAAGUCGUCAAAUCGCCGAUGUGACCAAUGGGCGGCAAGUACACGGCUGGUUAUGGUUUAGUUAUCGUUAUAGUUAAAUGGUGCACUCGCCCUUAAGUUAGAUACUAAGACCCAGGCAUAAUAAAUUCAUAUUACAUUUUCUUAUGUAAGAUCGUAGAUUACUGAUUAACAUGGUGCUUUUACUCAGUUGAUAGUGUUUUUUCAUCUUCUGUAAUAAAGAAGAAUAAUUUUUUUUGUACCCAAAAGGCACCGAGACUACUGAAUCAAUUUGAAAAAUUCUUUCGGUGUUGGAAACUGCAGUUAAUAAUAAAAAUACCAGUUACCCCUAACUGAUAAGGUAUUUAAUACCUUGUGUUACAAAACUAAGUUACCUAUAUAUUUUUUUAUUAUUUAUGUUAACCUUGUUGGUGAUUGAUUUAAAAAGAGUUUGUCAAAUUAUGUUCUUAUGUAUUCAAAAUACGUAGCGUUAUUUUAUUAAUAACAAAACUUUUGUUGAAAUGGGACGUACUUAUAAUACAGUAAAUCGUUGAAAAUA